AUGCCGCUCACUUCCCUUCUCCGCACUUCCUCUAUGCGCCUGGGGUUGACGGUUGUUGCUCGACGCUCACGCCGAACCGCUUCCACAAUAACCUCCAACUCCUCGAAUUCUCCUCGAUCAUUAGAUUCCAUUCUAAUUGCUAACAGAGGAGAAAUCGCAUUACGAGUCGGCCAGACCGCGGCCCAGCAUGGAAUUCGCGUUACGACACUGUACACGGAUCCCGAUCGCCGAGCUCAGCACGCCCUGAGUACACCAUUUGCGUUUAAUAUCGGCUCUGUGUCCGCAUACCUUGAUGGAGACCGUAUCAUUGAAAUUGCGAGGGCGCAAGGUUGCCAAGGGAUACAUCCAGGUUAUGGCUUCCUUAGCGAGAACUCGGAGUUUGCUCGCAAGUGUACAGAAGCUGGACUAAUUUUCAUUGGCCCGCCGUGGAAGGCUAUUGAGGAUAUGGGGGAUAAGAGCCAGUCUAAGAAGAUCAUGACCGCUGCUGGAGUACCUUGUGUCCCUGGAUACCACGGCGAAAACCAAGACCCUCACUUCCUCGAAGCAGAAGCCGAUAAAAUCAGAUACCCCGUGCUCAUUAAGGCAAUUAAAGGUGGUGGUGGUAAGGGAAUGAGGAUAGCGCAUUCAAAGGAUGAGUUUCAAGCGCAGCUUCAAUCAGCAAAGUCGGAGGCUAUGAACUCUUUCGGGGAUGACCAUGUGCUGGUUGAGAAAUAUAUAACGACACCGCGACACGUCGAAGUCCAAGUCUUUGCCGACAAGCACGGAAACUGUGUAGCGCUAGGCGAACGAGAUUGCAGUAUCCAGCGACGGCACCAGAAGAUCUUGGAAGAGUCACCGGCUCCUCACUUGCCUGAUGCCACAAGGAAAGACGUAUGGGCCAAGGCUAGGUCUGCUGCCUUGGCCGUUGGCUACGAAGGUGCUGGCACAGUUGAAUUCAUCUUUGACAAUGAUACGGGAGAGUUCUUCUUCAUGGAAAUGAAUACUAGGCUGCAAGUAGAGCAUCCCGUCACUGAGAUGGUUACCGGGCAAGAUCUUGUGCAUUGGCAGCUGAAGGUUGCUGAGGGCGCUGUGCUCCCGUUAUCGCAGGAGGAAGUGGAAGCCAAUAUAGCCAAACACGGGCACGCUAUUGAAGCCCGGAUAUAUGCCGAGAACCCUGCUCAGGGAUUUAUACCAGAUUCUGGUACGCUGCUCCAUGUUCGCACUCCUGCCAUCUCCGAGGAUGUUCGAAUCGACGCGGGAUUUGUGCAAGGCGAUGAGGUCUCGGCACAUUAUGACCCUAUGAUCGCAAAGCUAAUCGUCCGAGGCGCCAAUCGACAAGAAGCCAUUCGAAAGCUCGCUGCAGCAUUGGAGGAGUAUGAGGUCGCCGGUCCAGUGACAAAUAUUGAGUUUCUGAAAACAAUCUGCAGAAGUGCCGACUUCAUCUCCGGGGAAGUUGAGACGGGAUACAUUGAGAAGCAUAAAGACGAGCUAUUCUCCAAGAAAACCAUCCAGCCAGAAGUGCUGGCACAAGUGGCACUGGCUUGCCUGCGCGACGACUCCCGCCUUAUCGCACAGAAGACAGCCAAUUUUCAAGGUACCGCCGUAGGGUUCGGGUCAGGCUUUCAAGAACAUCACAUUAGUUUUACGGACUCGGCAUCAGCAAACAGUGAGACCUUCCAAGUUCAAGUCCAACAAACCGGCGAGAAUUUGUUCAAUGUGAAGGUCGGCGAACAGUAUUUUGAGCAAGUUACCAGCCAUCUAAAUACAGACUCCCGCAUCAUCACCUCGUUCUUCCCGCACACCCGCCUGGACACAACCGUCAUCCGCGACGGAGACUCCGUCGUCGCAUUCCAACGCGGCAUGCAAUACCGGCUCUCCAUACCACGAGCAAAAUGGAUGGAAAAGGCACUCGGGAUGAAGGACGUCACAAAUAGCGUCCUCGCUCCAAUGCCAUGCAAGAUCCUCCGUGUUGAAGUCCAGGCGGGAGAUAUAGUAGAAAAGGACCAACCUCUCGUGGUGAUUGAGAGCAUGAAAAUGGAAACAGUCAUCCGCAGUCCGCAGAAGGGGAAAAUCGCAAAGGUCGUCCAUCAAAAAGGAGAUCAAUGUAAAAGUGGGACACCGCUUGUUGAGUUCGCAGGCGAAGACGAAGUACCGAGAUAG